UUCAAUCAACUUAGAAGAUGAAUUUUACUAUUUUAUUGUUUGUAUCACUGUUCUGUGGCCUGAUUUGGGCCCAGGAUGAUGUCAUUCCUCCAGAAACAGAAGAAAACACUGAAAUACAGUCAUGCUUUCCUGACAUGUGUAAUCUCCUGAAAGAGUUUGGUGCCAUGAGAGAAAAACUGGGAGUUAUGGAAACCAGGCUGAAGGACAGUGAAAACCAGAUUAUUGAACUGAAGAACAAAGAAAGAACCAUGGUAGUAUUCAGUGCAGGAACAGGUGGGAAUGGAGCCAUUGGACCCUUCAACACAGAAACAACUGUAAUCUACAGAACAGUGAAAACAAACAUCGGUAAUGCCUACAGUCCAUUCACUGGUAUCUUUGCUGCACCUGUUCCAGGCGUUUACUACUUUACAUUCUUUUAUCAUGCUGGAGGAGCCAACCCAGUGAGUCUAGCCCUCGUGAAGAAUGGCCAAGCUGUUGCGACAGCCUAUGACCACCGUACAUCGCAUGACGGGGCUGAUAACGGAGGCAAUGCAGUGUUCUUGCAGCUGCAGCAAGGGGACCAGGUUUUUGUACGCUUAGGUGCAAAUACAAAUAUUUGGGGAAACGAUGACAUUACCACCUUCAGCGGUUUUCUAGUCAGUGAGGUUUGAGAAACAUUGAAUAAUGAUUCAUUUGUCAUUACAGUUUUAAUUUUAAUUUAAAGGAGACCCAUUAUGCUUUUCCAUAUUUUAUGACUUAU